CCGGAGACUGCACGUGCGCUCGCGUUUGGGAAAUUUCCCGGCUGGGCCAUGGACACCCCGCUGAGGCGCAGCCGGCGGCUGGGAGGCCCGAAGGCCGAGCCUCCCGAGAGCCCCACCGCAGCUCCGCGGGCGAGACGAGCCCUUGCGGAAUUCGAGUCGAGCCUGGAAGAAACGAGGGAGCCCGCGUCUCCUCGGCGUGUGCGGCAAUCCGGCCUGGGGUCCCCCCGACGUCAGCCCGAGACACGCCCGGGGUCGCCCAGCCUAGGGCAGGGGGCAGGCCUGGGGUCCCCCCGGAGGGAGCCGGGCCCAGGGUCCCCCCAGGGCCAGCAAGGUCCAGGCCCGGAGUCUCCCCGCAGACAGCCAGCGUCGAGUCCUGAGCGCCCCCUACAGGAGCCCAAGCCAGGCGGGGAGUCCCCGCAGGUCCUCGGGAGCCGCGGGGGCCCGGGCGCGAGGCUGGCGCCGCGUGCGGAGGAGGCGGCACGGCGGCCCCUCCAGCAUCAGCCGUCGGGGCCUGGGUCCCCGGAACCUCACCCCGGUCAGCAAGCGCCGGGCCCGGAGCCCUCGCCGCCACCGCAGGAGCCGGCACCCCAGCCCCCCGGCGCCCCCCGGGGCCAGCGCCCGCCGAGCCAGCCACCGCCGGCCCGGGAGCUGGCGAGCGACGGCCUCUGCCCAAAGGAGCGGACAGGACCUUCAGCCCAGGCCCCGGCGCCCAAGAAGCGGAAGGAGGAGGCGGAGGUUCCCAUCGUCCCGAAGGGAAAGCCCAAGUCGGGGCGGGUGUGGAAGGACCGCGCCAAGAAGAGGUUCUCCCAGAUGGUGCAGGACAAGCCUCUGCGCACCUCCUGGCAGCGGAAGAUGCAGGAGCGGCAGGAGCGGAAGCUGGCCAGGGACUUCGCCCGGCACCUGGAGGAGGAGAAGGAGAGGCGCCGGCAGGAGAAGAAGCAGCGCCGCGCUGAGAACCUGAAACGCCGCCUGGAGAAUGAGCGCAAGGCCGAGAUCGUCCAAGUGAUCCGAAACCCCGCCAAGCUCAAGCGGGCGAAGAAGAAGCAGCUGCGCUCCAUCGAGAAGCGGGACACGCUGGCCCUGCUGCAGCAGCUGCCCCGGGCGGCAGCCAAGGUCUGAGCGGCGCCAGAGGCCCCUGGAGCCAGCCACGCGUCAGACGCGGCGCCUCUGCUGGGCCCGCACUCCCACUCCGGCUCCGUGGGCAGGACCCACUCUGGAUGGGGCCCUGAGCCUCUGGGACUCUCAGGCAGGUCUCUGUGAGACAGCCCAGGGGGAGCCGGGCCCUGGCAGAGGUUGGGGGGCCGGGGGAGGGUCAGCUCCCUUCCCUCCUUCCCCAAGUGCCUUCAAGCCCAGGAGAGCCCGUUCUUCUGCCUCCUCGGGGAGCUGGUGCCUGAAGGGUGACUCCCCCAAAUGUGCAUGUUCUGUCUCAAGGUCCGGGCCCGUCCCAGACCAGGAGGCCGGCAGGGAGAACCCAGCUCCCCAUCCCUUCCUGAGCUGCUGGGCACCUCUGCACCCACUGAGCCCAGCUCACCCACUUGCAACACUGAAAGGUGAAAAGGGGAGGUUGCAGGGUUCCCCUCCAGCCCCUCUCCUGUACCAGCCUCUGCAGAAGCCCCAAAGAUGUGCCGAACUCACGCCCAUCCAGUCUACAAGCAUAUUUAUUGAGCACCUGCUGUAUACAGGCACAGCACAGGUGCCAGGGAAUGCAGAUGAGUCGCAGCCCAGGAGCUCUCACUCCCACGGAGCGAACAAUAAACAGUGUAUUACGCGG